AUGUAAUAUAAAAUUCGUCUUCAGUUUGCUAAGGGUCUGUAAGAAACCUAUGGAUCAAAAUAAUCACAAUCAAGUCAAUUACCUGAUAAUCAAGUUCAAUCCUCACAGCCAUCUUCUUCUGCUUUUAAAACAUCGAUUCCUUAAUUUUCUAAAGAAGAAAUUGAAAAGCACGAUCAAACCUUGAAGGAGCAAACUUAAACAUACAAUGAGAGGAAAAAGAGAAAUGGCUAGAAAUUUUAGCGUUUGACUAAGGAAUAAUAAUUGCAAUUGGUAAAGCUCAUUAAGGGUGAUCCUCAAUUUUAAAAUCAAUUGGCUGAAGCCAUAAUUAAGCAUACUGAAAUUGCGUAAGUCAUAAAGAAGGCCAACACACUCAAGGUGAUGAAGUCAUUAAAUAAAACAGUAAUUGAAUUUAAAACCAAUAUGACAAAUAAAAUAUAAGCCAUAUUUCUAAAUCAUCAAAAUUAAACUUACAAUAAGCUUAAAUACUUAUUAAAAGAAAAGGAGAUAUUGAUGAUAAAGGUAUUGGAAUAAAAACUAUCAACAUAUGUUGAAAUCAAAUAAAAUUUCAAGGAAGCUUUAUUAGCAUAGUUGAAAAAAGCAUUAAGAAUGCAAGUAGAGGAUAAUUGUAGAAAAUACGCUAAAACUUUGUCAUCAUAAUUAUUGCUCAUGUAUGAAGGAAUUGCACAGAUAAUUGGACAACAUGUUGAACUUAAUAAGGAUAGUAAAUUUGAAUAAGAAUUAUGUCUACAAAUUUAGAAAGUCAAAGAUUACUUUGCCAGCAGUGAAUAAUAAUACAUUAAAGUAUUUUCUAUAUAUAAUUAUAGCGUCUAUAAACAGAUAUGAACGAUCAUUAUAUAAAUACAAUAUAGACUAUCAUUUAGGUUUAGCAAAAACUUAAAUUAAAUUGA